UCGGAAUGCGGAAGGCUUAUUUGCCGUAAUUUUCGAGGUUUCAUUUGAUUCGCACUUUGCCUGGUUGUGAAAUUUGAGAAUCUUACAUGACACUGUCUAUUGCACGUGUGAACGGUCCUGGGGUCAAGCUGCCGGGACAAGUGAGCAUGACCCCAGGACAAGUGAGCAUGUUUAUCUCGUUAUUCAAUAGUCUUCAUCAGUACAUUGGACUGCGAAGACUAGGAGUGGAACCCCGCUGCGGUGAAGAUUUUCAAGAGUCAGUAUACGGGAUUGGAUUGUCUGGGCUGCUCAAGUCGGGGUUGAUGGCCGGACAUGGGGACAAUCGAGACUACGGAGGCGGUAAUCGCGAUCAGGGUGACGUUGGUAGAGAAGGUAGUGGAUAUCGUGACUAUGGAGCGCAUACCGAGGCUACGGGAGUGAUCGCGGCGAUGGUAGCGACAGGGGACAUGGAGUGCCCACAUCCAAGGAGAAACGCUUACCCUGGGACAUCAGCAAACCGAGGUGGAUCAAGCUCACCAGGUAGACUGGACCAGACCAGGCGCUCGCAGCUGAUUGAUCCUUUGGAAUCCAAGGUAGCCGAAAUAGGGAAGAGCGUCACCGUGGUGUGCCAAUAUGUUGAAAUAGAACAGCAGAAGAGGGCUGAGAAGGAGCGUAGAAAGGCGGAGAAGAAAGAAGCGGAGGAGCGAGCGGAAGCUGAACGAGCUGAAGCGUUGCUUAAGAAGGAGGAGGAGGAGAAGGCGCUCAAGGAAGCUGAGAGGAAGGAAGAGUUACACAAGAGCCUUGACAUUAAGAUGGCCCUUCGGAUCGGCGAGCUCAGACAGGAUGUACGUGAGGAUGUAAGGCAGGAGAUCCGUGACGCGAUCGGUGAACUUUGCCGUGUAGUGACACGCGUCAAGCAGAAGGCGACGGAAACCGUGGAGCCGGCCAAUGAGAGCAGCACGAGUAGUAGCGAGACGGAUGAACUGAGCCUAUGUCCAUCACCGAGAAGAGAAAACGAGGACCGGAAGCGGUGUUUGAAGGCAGCCUGCAAAUGGAGCUGCCACCCAAGCGCACGCCCAGAAGGGCAUCACGACCGGGAGGCUUGCAGGCAAUGCAGGGAGAAUGACGAGAUCUAUGAGUCGGGCAACUAUGACACCCACCCCGAAGAAGACCCCGCCAUCGAUUCGCAAGAAGAUCCCAGCGGCCAUUGGGCUUGUCGGACGCUUGAGAUUUGAGAAAUGGGUAUUGAACGACUUGAAGAACUUGGAUGCGUUAGUCCCGCAGAACAUCUGCAAGGACGAAGGGGUACCGUAUAACGCCGCGUAUGGAUGGGCACGUGCACUUUCUUCUGAAGGAGGAAACGGUGGACCACCCGUUAUUAAUAAAUGUUAAUAAUAUUC